UCGUAUAUGGAGAAGGACGGAGAAAACCAUAUAUCAAUAAUUACACCCUAAACAAUUGGAUCGUGUUGAUCUUGCAUUUGAAUCUAUUAACAUGCAGGGCCAUGGAAGGUGCUUGAAACUUUUUCUUGCAUUUGCUCUGCUUUUGGUACAGUACGCCAAAGGAGGAGAGGUGGACCACAGUCACAGGGAUACCAAUGUGACUGGGAGGUGCAUAGAGAGGGAAAGGAAAGCACUCCUUGCAUUCAAACGUGGUCUGGUGGAUAAGGCCGAUCUCCUCUCUUCAUGGGGUUCAGAAGCCCAAAAACAGGAUUGUUGCAGAUGGGUGGGAGUUUCUUGUAGCAACCAGACGGGCCAUGUUAUUCAAGUUGAUCUUCAUGGACUGUAUUCUUUGCAAGGUAAGAUGAUUAGUCCUAAACUGAUUGAGUUGCACUAUUUAGAACAUUUGGACCUUGGUGGGAUUAAUUUCAUCGGGAUCCCAGUUCCAGAUUUCAUUGGUUCUCUAUCCAAUUUAAGAUACCUAGAUCUGUCUUGGACUUAUUUUGGAGGCAAGUUUCCAAGUGAGGUUGGAAAUCUUACGAACUUGCAGUAUCUUGCCUUAGAAGGUAAUAACUUUACAAAUGCAGAAAAUCUUGACUGGCUUCCUCUUCUUUCAUCAUUAAGAUAUUUGGACUUGAAUUUCGUGAAUCUCAGCAAUGUUUAUGAUUGGUCGGAAGCCAUCAAUAAGCUUCCUGAACUAACAAACUUAACACUAGAGGGCUGUGAUCUUCCUUCUCCAAUUCUUUCCACUCUUUCUUACAUAAACUCUUCUAAAUCUCUUGCUAGCGUUGACCUUUCUUCGAACAAUUUGAGUACUUCUUCAAUAUUCGUAUGGUUGUCCAACUAUAGUACCAGCCUUGUUCAUAUUGACCUCUCUUUGAACCUUCUAGCCGGUUCAAUUCCUGAUGUUUUUGGAAACAUGAGGUCUCUGGCACAUCUUGAUCUCUCUAGUAACAAACUUGAAGGAGUCCCGCAUUCUUUUGCCAAGUUAUGUAGUUUGCAAUCAUUGGAUCUCUCAAGCAAUAUUCUGAGUGGACAACUUUCUAAGUUUGUUGAAAUAUUAUUAUCUACAUGUGCUCAAAACUCAUUGGAGAUUUUGGAUCUCUCUUGGAAUCAUCUUGAAGGGUCAUUACCUGAUCUUACAAAGCUUUCAUCUUUGGAACUCUUGUAUCUCAAUAACAAUCAAUUAAGUGGAGUAAUUUCAGGAAUUCAUUUCUCAAAACUAUCGAAAUUACAGAGUUUGGAUCUAUCUUCUAACUCGCUAGUUUUAGACAUCCAUGCUGAUUGGAUUCCUCCUUUCCAACUGGACUACAUAAAUUUGGGGUCUUGCAAGAUGGGUCCAGAUUUCCCAAAAUGGCUUCAAACUCAGAAAAAAUUCUCAUUCCUUGAUAUUUCUGAUGCUAAAAUUUCCGACAUCAUUCCAAGUUGGUUUUGGAGUUUAUGUCGUAAUGUGACAUUUAUGAAUCUCGCAAGAAACCAAAUUGGAGGUACAUUGGUAAAUUUGAAUUUUGAAUUUUCAUAUUUCCCUGACUUGCGUCUGAGUUCGAACCAAUUGGAAGGUCCAAUCCCCUCAUUUCUAUCAAAAACCAUACAUCUGGAUCUCUCUUAUAAUAACCUUUCAGGGUCACUUUCGUUCUUGUGUUCAAGUGCAGCUAUUGGUUUAGGCUUUCUUGACCUCUCAAACAACAAUGUUUCUGGACAAGUUCCAGAUUGCUUGACAUAUUUGACAAAUCUAGUCAUGCUUGAUUUGAGUUACAAUGCUUUGUCCGGGAAAAUUCCUACAACAAUAGGCUCUGUAUUUUGGAUUGAAACACUCAAAUUAAGAAGCAAUGGAUUUGUGGGACAAUUGCCUUCGUCGUUGAAGAAUUGCACAAGUUUAAAAGUCAUUGAUGUUGGGGAUAAUAAAUUAUCCGGACCAAUACCUAAAUGGUUAGGGGUUGGCUUAAAGGAUUUGGUUAUCCUGAUGCUUUCGUCUAAUCACUUCAAUGGAAGCCUGCCCCUCACAAUUAUGUCAUCUAACACACAUUCAAAUUUUGGAUUUCUCUAUGAACAAUAUCUCUGGAAGCAUACCCAAAUGCCUCAACAAUCUGACUACUCUAGCUCAGAAAGGAAAUCCAAGUCUGAACAUCUCACAUUUUGUUUACACGAUGAGUAAUAAUAAUUCACAUGAAGCUGAAUAUGAGGAUGAUGCAACAUUCAUAUGGAAAGGAAGAGUGUACUCAUACAAAAACACAUUGGGACUUGUGAAGAGAAUUGAUCUGUCAAGCAAUAGAUUUACAGGGGAGAUUCCAAGUGAAAUCACUCAUCUUGUUGGGUUGGUUUCUUUAAACCUAUCAGGAAAUCAAUUAACAGGUCAAAUCACUCCAGAGAUUGGAAACUUGCAGUCACUGGAUGCCCUUGAUUUGUCAAGAAACCAGAUAGAAGGAAGAAUUCCAACAAGCCUUUCGCGGAUCGAUCGUCUCAGUGUCUUGGACUUGUCAUUUAACAAUUUGUCUGGCAAAAUUCCCAUCGGAACUCAACUCCAAGGCUUUGAUCCCUCUGUUUAUGCUGGAAAUCCUCAACUUUGUGGACCUCCACUUAAAAAGACAUGUGCUGAUCAAAUUGUGCAAAUUGACUUGAGCAAUCAAAAGGACGAUAAGGAUGAGCUUAUAACACUGGGAUUUUACAUCAGUAUGGGGCUUGGGUUUGCAGCUGGAUUUUGGGGAGUUUGCUGCACUUUGAUAUUCAAGAGGUCAUGGAGAUAUGCAUACUUCAAGUUCUUGAAUGGUUUAAAUGAUUGGCUUUAUGUGCAAGUAGCUUUGAUCAAGCGGCAACUAAAGGAUAUGCUUAAUAGCUAAGCUCUUCAGUAGACUUGAAGAGUGCAUAUAGUUGCCAAGGAAGCAAUUAAAUAUCUGCAGAAGUUUCAAGUUUUGGAUUAUGUAGUGGGAAUUUCCUUAAUAAAGAUUUGUCACUGUGUCUUUGUUUGUUAGCAAUCAUGUAGUGGUAAAUGAUUUGUAAGAACUUGAAACAAUUGUUUGCCAUGAAUGUUCUUUUCUGUAGAGUA